AUGUUCAUUUCUGAGACAAGGGCUAUACUAUGUGCAGGUUUAUACCCUAAUGUAGCAGCUGGUGAACAAGGUAUUGUUGCAACUGCUCUCAGCAGCCUUAAGCGGUCUCCUAGCUCUGUGAAUUCUAGUCGUACAUUCUGGUUUGAUGGAAGAAGAGAAGUUCAUCUCCACCCAUCUUCUAUCAACAGUAACACAAAAGUAUUCAAGCACCCUUUUCUUGUCUUCCUUGAAAAGGUUGAAACGAACAAAAUAUUUCUAAGAGAUACUUCAGUCAUUUCUCCAUACUCAAUUUUGCUCUUUGGAGGGUCAAUCAAUGUUCAGCAUCAGACUGGACUGGUCAUCAUCGAUGGAUGGUUAAAAUUGAAUGCACCUGCCCAAAUAGCUGUCUUGUUCAAAGAGCUACGAUUGGCUCUACAUUCCAUUCUGAAGGAGCUUAUUAGAAAACCAGAGAAUGUAAUCGUUCUAAACGACGAGAUCAUUAAGUCUAUCAUCAAUCUGCUUUUAGAAGAAGGCAGUGUGCCUAAAUGA